GACUCGAACAUAAAGCUCCCGCAAGCACACGUCUUGUCCACGCCAGCCGCCGUGAGGCCAUCCCAUUCUGCACCGAGCCGCCACCCGGGAAACUACAGUCCGGCCGAUAAUCAUGGACUACGACGCUCUCAAGGAGCAAUGGGGCGAGGUCGAGGACCGCGACGGCGUCCGCCUGAGCUGGAACGUCUUCCCAAGCACCCGCAUGGAAGCGUCGAGAUUGGUCGUCCCCAUUGGUGCCCUCUACACCCCGCUCAAGGAGAAGCCCGACACGCCCCUGCUGCAGUUCGAGCCCGUCACCUGCAAGCAGCCAUGCCGCUCGGUCCUGAACCCCUUCUGCCAGGUCGACGUGCGCGCCCGCCUCUGGAUCUGCCCCUUCUGUCUGUCGAGGAACCCGCUUCCGCCGCAUUACAAGGAUAUCACCGCCAAUGCCAUCCCCCCCGAGCUGCAUCCGUCCAAUACGACCAUUGAGUACAGGCUCUCACGGCCGGCGCCGAGUCCUCCCAUCUUUCUUUAUGUCGUGGACACGUGCCAAGAGGAGGACAGCUUGGCCGCCCUCAAGGAGUCUCUGAUUAUGAGUCUCAGCCUCCUGCCCGAGCACGCCCUGGUUGGCCUGAUCACCUACGGAACCAUGGCCCAGGUGCACGAGAUCGGCUACACCGAGUGCGCCAAGUCGUACGUCUUCCGCGGCAGCAAGGAGUACAGCGCCAAGCAGGUUCAGGAAAUGCUCGGCUUGGUGCAGCCUGUCCUUCGCCCGGGGAUGCCUCCUCACCAGGCCGGCCGGCCCAUGAUGGGUCCCGCCGCUCGGUUCCUGCUCCCGGUUGCGCAGGCCGAGUUCCAGCUGACCAAAGCACUGGAGCAGCUGCAGAAGGACCCUUGGCCGGUUACCAGCGAUCGCAGGAACCUCCGCUGCACCGGUGUUGCCCUCUCGGUCGCCGUCGGCUUGCUCGAGACGUCAUUCCAGAAUGCCGGUGGGCGGAUCAUGCUCUUUGCCGGUGGCCCCGCGACCGAGGGCCCUGGCAUGGUGGUCGGCCCCGAGCUGAGGGAGCCUAUUCGGUCCCAUCAUGACAUUGACCGUGAUAAUGUCAAGUACUACAAGAAGGCACUUAAGUUCUAUGACAAUCUCGCCAAGAGAGCCGCUCACAAUGGCCACACCGUCGACAUCUUUGCUGGCUGUCUCGACCAAGUCGGUCUCCUGGAGAUGAAGGGGCUCUGCAACUCCACCGGCGGCCACAUGAUCUUAACGGACAGCUUUACUUCGUCCAUGUUCAAGCAGUCAUUCAUCCGCAUAUUCGAGAAGGACGCAGACGACAACCUCCUGAUGGGCUUCAAUGCCGUUCUCGAGGUUCUGACGACCAAGGAGCUCAAAGUAACCGGUCUCAUCGGCCAUGCUGUCUCGCUGAACAAGAAGUCGACAUCGGUGGGCGAGACGGAGUGCGGUAUCGGCAACACGUGCUCCUGGAAGAUGUGCGGCAUUGAUCCCAAGGCCAGCUAUGGCAUUUAUUUUGAGAUCGCCCAGGGCGGCCCGUCACAGCACCCGCAAAGCCAGAAGGGCAUGAUACAGUUCCUGACGUACUACCAACACUCGUCAGGCCAGUUCCACCUCCGCGUCACCACGAUUGCCCGGAACCUAAGCGGUCCGGCCGGCGAUCCUGCGAUUGCGCAGUCGUUCGACCAAGAGGCCGCCGCCGUGCUGAUGUCCAGAAUCGCCGUCUUCAAGGCCGAGGUUGACGACGGACCCGACGUGCUUCGCUGGGUAGACAGGAUGCUCAUCAGACUGUGCUCGAGGUUCGCUGACUACCGCAAGGACGACCCAUCGUCCUUCCGCCUGGAAAAGAACUUCACCUUGUACCCGCAGUUCAUGUUCCACCUGCGGAGGAGCCAGUUCCUGCAGGUAUUCAACAACUCGCCGGACGAGACGGCCUUCUAUAGGCAUGUCCUCAACCACGAGGACGUCAGCAACUCGCUCAUCAUGAUCCAGCCCACCCUGGACUCGUACACGUUCGAUCAGGAAGGUGGAGUUCCAGUGCUCCUGGAUUCCACGUCCAUCCAGGCGACCCACAUUCUCCUCCUCGACACUUUCUUCCACAUCCUCAUCUUCCACGGCGAGACGAUUGCCGAGUGGAGGAAGGCGGGCUAUCAGGACCAAGAGGGCUACGAGAACUUUGCAGCUCUCCUAGAGCAGCCGAAGGAGGAUGCUCGGGAACUCAUCAUGGAUCGUUUCCCUCUUCCCCGCUUCAUUGUCUGUGACCAUGGCGGCUCCCAGGCGCGUUUCCUCCUGUCCAAGCUCAACCCGUCGACCACACACACCUCGGGCGCCGGAGCGUACGGCGGCGUGGGCGCGCAGAGCGCGCAGACCAUCUUCACGGACGACGUGUCCCUGCAAACAUUCAUGGAGCAUCUGAUGAAGUUGGCUGUUAGCGGCACGAACUAGACGGUCCGGGAUGCGGGUUAUGUGCCAACCGCUGGGACCGGGCAGGUCACCAAAUGGGGGGUGGGGGGUUGGUUGAGUUGGG